GAGUCCUCAUGGCUUUGGUUUCACAUUUAUGUGUGUGUGACUAUGACAUGAACCCAUACCUGCUUCCUUCUCCUUCUUAUUCUUCUCCUCUUAUUUCCUCUUUCUUUCUUGUUAAUCUUUUGUAUUUUAUAUUUUUAGUGUUCCUAUACUAAUUAAUUCUUAUGAGUAUGGGAGAUUUUGACGAAGAGUGUGAUUAUUUAUUCAAGGCAGUUCUUAUAGGAGAUUCAGCUGUGGGAAAAUCAAACCUUUUAUCAAGAUUUGCUAGAGAUCAAUUUCAGCUGGAUUCUAAGCCUACCAUAGGAGUGGAAUUUGCUUACAGAAAUAUUAGAGUUGGUGAUAAGCUCAUCAAGGCUCAAAUAUGGGAUACUGCUGGACAAGAAAGGUUUAGAGCCAUAACAAGUUCAUAUUAUCGUGGAGCACUUGGUGCUUUACUCGUCUAUGACAUAACAAGAAGGGCUACAUUUGAAAAUCUAAAAAGAUGGUUACACGAGCUUAGGGAAUAUGGCAGCUCAGACAUGGUAAUUGUUCUUGUUGGUAACAAAUCUGAUUUGGCCUAUUCUGCAAGAGAAGUGAAUGUUGAAGAUGGGCAAAGCCUUGCACAAUUAGAAGGAUUAUCUUUUUUGGAAACAUCAGCAAUGGAGAAUUUGAAUGUGGAAGAAGCAUUCCUUUCAAUGAUCACAAAAAUUCAUGAAAUUAUGAGCCAAAAGAGCCUGGAAGCAAAGUUGAAUGAAGCAACUACACCAAAGUCACUUCAGGAAGGGAAAAAAUUAGAAAUCAUUAACAUGAUGGAUAAUGAAGUAACGGCUACUAAACAAAAUGCUAAUUGUUGUUUAUACUGAAUUUACUAAUUGUAAUUUCUUUGACAUAUUAUAUAGUUGGAGAAAAAAAGGGAUCACAUUUUAAUUA